AUAUGUACAUGAAGGCAGGGUAGGCAUCGGUAUAGAUAAUAAUGAGAGUAAAAUAAAGAAACCACAUGGACAGACAGCUUUAAUCAAUUAUCUCCGAUUAAUCAGAGAUAAUGUAGUGCACCGUGUCAGCAUGUUGUCAUGCGGCGUCUAUCAUCAAGUUAAAUUAUUAUUAUAAAACCCUUGUCCAUUUUGGUGAUUUACUUGUCACUGGUCGAGAGUCUCGACGACCCACAGACAAUAUUUAUAUUUUUUUUUAGAUUCAGAUAAACCUAUUGCUGGAUAAAUAGGUUAAUGUAUUCUUUACGCAGCAUUGGGCUGAGUACUAAAAAUCAUGUACUGGUACCAAGACAGCCAGUCAGGUCAAAGAUUUUAGAAGUAGGCUAUUAGGGGAAAGGACAACGCCUCUCGAUCUGUUUAGCGAACGGUCUCUCCUCUUUGGCUUUGAAUAGUUCUCCGGGAUUUAACCAGACCGCAGCUGUCUGUCACAACAAAGAUGGAGGAGAAAACUAGCUAGCACUGUACAUCCACCGAGGACCUUAAAAACUAAAACAACAUUGGACCAGUUUAUCUACUGAUAUAUAUAUAUAUAUAUUUUUUUUUUGAUAUCGUGAUUUUUCAAGAUGGAUACUGCCGUGUUUCCCGAGGAUGUCGUUGUAAAAAAGGUUUCCAUCGUUGGAUCGGAGCUCGUAGAGAAUUACACUGUGUACGUCAUUGAGGUGAAAGUACGGGAUCACAGAUGGACCAUAAAGCAUCGCUACAGUGAUUUCCAUGACUUGCAUGAGAAACUGACAUCUGAGAAGAAGAUAGAGAAACAUUUACUGCCGCCUAAGAAGAUGAUCGGUAAAAACUCCAAAAGCCUGGUAGAGAAACGUCAGAAGGAACUGGAAGUCUACCUACAAACACUGCUGGUCAGAUUCCCUACAGCUGCCCCUAAAGUCCUCUCCUACUUUCUGCACUUCCACCAAUAUGAAAUGAAUGGAAUCACAGCUGCUCUGGCAGAGGAGCUGUUCCACAAGGGAGAGCAGUUGCUGGUGGCUGGUGAGCUGUUCACAUUGUGUCCCCUCCAGCUGUAUGCCAUCACUCAGCAGCUGAAGCUGGCCAAGCCUACCUGCUCUAAUGGUGACGCCAAGGCAGACCUGGGACACAUCCUGGACUUCACCUGCAGACUCAAAUACCUCAAGAUCACAGGCACCAGAGGAGAGGUGGGGACCAGUAACAUCCAGGAAGACAGCCUCACGUUUGACCUUUCAGUCUUUAAAGCUCUCCUACAGAUAGAGAUAAGCGACUGUAACUCGGCCCAGAUCAUGGGACUGCCUUCUCUGAAACCCUGUCUGGUCACGCUGAGUGUCCACCACUCUGCAACAUCCAUGAUGGAUGUGCUGGUUCCGGAGGCAUGCGUGUCCCCUCAGUGGGUCGCAGAGGGAGCGCUUACAGACCGGCCCGUCGCCACCAUCAUCCCUAUCUGGAAGAGACUCACCACUCUGGACAUGAGUCACAACCACAUAGGCUGCAUAGACGACUCAGUGAAAUUGAUACCAAAAGUCGAAUUCUUAGAUCUUAGUUCCAACGAGCUCUCUAUGGUGGAAAACCUUCAGCACCUGUACAAUCUGAUCCACCUGGACCUUUCUUACAACAUUCUGACAGUGUUAGAGGGGGCCCACACCAAACUGGGUAACAUCAAGACCCUCAACCUGGCAGGCAACCAGCUCGACAGCCUCGCAGGCCUCACUAAACUAUACUCUCUGGUUAACCUGGACCUCAGCUCCAACAAACUGGGACAGCUCGAGGAGAUCAGGUACAUAGGAAUGCUGCCCUGCCUGGAGAGACUGGUCCUGUCUAACAACCCCAUGUGUAUCAUCCCUGACUACAGAACCAAGGUGCUGGCUCAGUUCUGGGACCGCGCCUCAGAGGUAUGCUUGGACAGCACUGUGCCGACAGAGAAAGAGCUGGACACUGUGGAGGUGUUGAAAGCUAUUCAGAAAGCCAAAGAAUCUAAAGACCGAAUGGCCAACAACAACGAAAAGAAGAUCAGUGAGGACUCCAGGCUGUCUGGUGGUGGAUCUUCCAUCUCCUCUGUCGCUGCCGCCUCUACCUCCUCUUCCUCUCUCCUCUCCUCAGCCCUAGCCCCAGCCUGCUCCAGCCAAGAAUUGAUAUGUAAAGAAGAAGGCUUUGUUACCCCUACAAUAUUGACUCCUGUGGAUUUUAUUGCACUUGAUACCCAUCGACGCUAUGAUGUAAACACACUGCCUUGUGAGGAACAACUACAGGUUACCAGCCACCAACCUGAUGCUGAUUCUAGUUCUUCUGACCGCUCCAGUACCCAACAGAACCAGAACAGUAGCUGCUGCUGCUGUGUGGAGGACAGAGAGGAGCGAUACACAUGGAGCAACACUAACCUGAGGACCCCUGUGCUCCACCUCCCCUCCACCUCCUCCUGUCCGUCCUUCACCUCCCUGCUGUCUGCCCGCAUCACCAGAGCCCUGGAAGAGGAGAACAGGAGGCCCAGCAGACUCCGAGAUCUCCCCAGCCAGGAAGAGACUGAUCUGGGCAGCCCCAGCCCCAGUCCCAGCCCCUCCUAUGGAGAUGGAUACUUUGAGAUGGGUCUGGGGGAGGGAAAGGAGAGGGAGGGAGAGGAGGAGGGGUCCCUGACUGACCCGGUAGAGGGAGAGAACCAGCCCCCAGAGACAGAGGUGUUACGUGUGACCAAAGUCAUGUGGUGCCACUGCAUCAGGGUUGAUGAUGAUGUGGUGGAGCAGAGGUCUGUGUGUGUGGCGCUAACAAACAGUCUACUGGGGCUGUUCCAUUGUCCUCGACACCCCUCCACAGCCCCAACCCAUCAACCCCAGAGCCGGCCUCACGACCUUGGCUCAGUCACAGUCCAGAACCAGGGCCUAACCCUGCAAACUCUAGUAGAUAACCUGGAGCCAGACCUCGUCCUUCCCUACGACCAGCUAGACUCUCUCCUCUUCUACAUUCCAGACACUUGCCUUUCCCUGAAGGUGAGGUCCUCUGAUGUCCACUGGUACCUCUUCUCAGACCCCGAGGGUUUAAAAGAGACCCACUCCCUGCUCUGCUCCCUGGCCCGGCUCCCCUCCUCCUCGUCAGGAGGACCCUCCACCCCACAGCAGCUCCUCCACCUGCUCUGCACUUCCUGGGAGAUGGAAGAGCACCAGAGCUGUGUGAAAGGAGGUUAUGCAGCACAUCUAGUGGAGACUGCCAUGUUGUCGUCCCAGACCAGCCAGCGGACAACCUCCUCAACAAACCCAAUUCUCACUCCAACGAAGACCUCUACUAACCCAGAUACCUUCACCCUCCAAACUCUAACCAAUCCCCUUCUCUCUGACAUCCUAUCCCACGUAGUUCCAGGAGGGGACAGAGACUCCUCCUGCUGUGUCCCCUGUGUCCUGUUCUUGACCCAGCGCCAUCUCUGUGUGCUAAAGGUGGACUUCAAAGCUCUGGCCCGGGGAACCACCGGAGAUGAACCGUCAGACGACCACAACCAGAGGCUCCGCUCCUGCUCCAGGCUCAGCCGCAUCCCCCUGGCCUCCGUGCUGCCCCACCCAAGGCCGAGUGCCCUGUAUGGGGCUGGUGCUGGGUCUAUCCCUGCCUACUCUCCCAGCUGCCCCUUGUGCCACUGCUCCCCCAGAGACAGCUGUGUCCUGGAGCUCCUAGUGGGACAGGAGAGGGUCACGGCGGUGUUCCCGUUACCUCACGACAGGCUCCGUUUCCAGAAACAGUUGACCCUGCUGCGCUCCAGCCUCAGGGACAUCAAGACUGUGGCUUUCCUGCAGGGUGGGAACGAACAUAGCCACAGUGACUGGGACAGUCCCAGGACGAUAAACAUACACACGUCCACUCCCAAUGAGACCAAGAGCACAGACAGACUGCAGGUUAACAGCCCUCGAGGUGCUCAGCGUCCUCGGCCAUCCCUGUCCCUGUCCUACCCAACAGACAUCCUGGUGGAGAAGCUGACCGCAGACAAUCAGGUCCCAUCCCACCUGUCCCUGUCCCCAGCCCUGUCCCUCGUCUCUGGGCUUAGGGGACACCAGCUGCUGGGGUUCUUCCACACAAACAUUGCAGAGGAAGAGAAGGAAGAGCUGCAUCACAUCCUGUGGUCAUCAGUGGUUUUUUAUAAGUCACCUGACAUCGAGGCCACUUCCUGUAUCAUGCUCUCUACUAAAGCCCUCUACUUCCUGCUGGAUGACUCCGCCUCCACGCUCAAUGACCAAUCACUACUGUGGGACUGGAGCCACUGUGACCAUCGGGACCCAGAGCUGAUCAUGUCUUACUGUUUCACCAUCGACCUCCACGACCUCCACUCUGUCAACGUGGGCCUGUUUGACCAGUACUUCAGGGUGGUGGGCCCGUCAGCGGACCACAUCAUCUGCUGUCUGACGAGGGACAGUUACGGGACACACCGCUUCCUGCAGCAGCUGAUGACGGUCCUCUCUCUACAGGACAAACUACCCUCUCCUGAACCCUCCGAACAAGACUUCUACACACAGUUUGGAAAUAAAUCUACAGGUAAGAUGGGGAACUAUGAACUGGUCCACUCUAGCAGGGUAAAGUUCAUCUACCCCAGCGAAGAAGAGAUUGGAGACCUGACCUUUAUCGUAGCUGAGAGGAAAGGUCCUUCUGGGGCAUCCAGCUGUAAUAUCCUGCUCUACGUACUGGUCUUCCAGGUGCAGACCCAGGGGCUAGGUUUCUCCCAGACCCAGGGGCUAGGUUUCUCCCAGACCCAGGGGCUAGGUUUCUCCCAGACCCAGGGGCUAGGUUUCUCCCAGACCCCAGCUGCAGACAGACAGACUUCCACUGGGGGUCUGCAGGGGGAUAGAAAGUCUCACCUCCACCCCCAGAGCCCGGUCUCUGCUAGCCAACCCCGUCUUCACCCCUACCCCCAGGCUCCAGGUCCAGCCCCCUCCACCAGGCCCCAUAUCCCUCAACAGAGCCUGCCUCCCCAGGCUCCCUCCACCCCCAGGCCUGUCCUCCAUCCUAAGACUCUGAUCCUAACCAGCACAGACGUUUUCCUGUUGGAUGAGGAUUAUAUCAGCUACCCGCUGCCAGACUUUGCCAAGGAGCCCCCUCCCCGAGACAAGUACCAACUGACCGAUGCUCGACGAAUAAGAGACCUGGAUAGAGUCCUCAUGGGUUACCAGACGUACCCGCAGGCGCUGACGUUAGUCUUCGACGAUGUCCCUGGGCCAGACCUCCUCUGUCAGCUUACCAUGGACCACUUUGGAGAAGAGGAGGUGGGAGGAGGAGGAGGAGGAGGAGGAGGAGGAGGAGGGGAGAAGGGGAGGAGAUGUGGCAGAACAGAGAGCGAGGUACUGUGGUGUAUCUAUGUCCCCGGAGCAGACAGUAGGGAGAGGCUGAUAUGUCUGUUAGCAAGACAGUGGGAAGUGCUGUGUAGUAGGGAGCUGCCUGUAGAACUAACUGGCUGACUGGCUGGUUCCUCUGCCUGUAGAACUCACUGGCUGACUGACUGGUUCCUCUGCCUGUAGAACUAACUGGCUGACUGAUUGGUUCUUCUGCCAGUAGAACUCACUGGCUGACUGACUGGUUCUUCUGCCAGUAGAACUCACUGGCUGCCUGGCUGGUUCUUCUGCCAGUAGAACUCACUGGCUGCCUGGCUGGUUCUUCUGCCAGUAGAACUCACUGGCUGCCUGGCUGGUUCUUCUGCCAGUAGAACUCACUGGCUGCCUGGCUGGUUCUUCUGCCAGUAGAACUCACUGGCUGCCUGGCUGGUUCUUCUGCCAGUAGAACUCACUGGCUGCCUGGCUGGUUCUUCUGCCAGUAGAACUCACUGGCUGACUGGCUGGUUCUUCUGCCAGUAGAACUCACUGGCUGACUGGCUGGUUCUUCUGCCAGUAGAACUCACUGGCUGACUGACUGGUUCUUCUGCCAGUAGAACUCACUGGCUGGUUCUUCUGCCUGUAGAACUCACUGGCUGACUGGCUGGUUCUUCUGCCUGUAGAACUCACUGGCUGACUGGCUGGUUCUUCUGCCUGUAGAACUCACUGGCUGACUGACUGGUUCUUCUGCCAGUAGAACUCACUGGCUGACUGACUGGUUCUUCUUCCAGGAGGUUUUAAAGAAUGGCUGUAUGCUGACCCUUUUUACUAGGAGCAUGUGUGCACCUGUUGAAAAAUGUUGGCGCACACAAAGUAAUUUAGGAGCACAAUGAAAAAUAUUUGAGUUAUUAAAGCUAGAAUCACACAGCUAAAUAUUUAGACACAUAUAGUAGAGUAGAAUGGUGGCACUGUUGAGCCCUGAAAAGAUGGCGGCUUUCAAACCAAUGUUCACAGGCUGGUGGAUGGACUACAUUACCAUAACCCACCUUCACAGGCUGGUGGAUGGACUACGUUACCAUAACCCACCUUCACAGGCUGGAUGGACUACGUUACCAUAACCCGCCUUCACAGGCUGGUGGAUGGACUACGUUACCAUAACCCGCCUUCACAGGCUGGUGGAUGGACUACGUUACCAUAACCCGCCUUCACAGGCUGGUGGAUGGACUACGUUACCAUAACCCGCCUUCACAGGCUGGUGGAUGGACUACGUUACUAUAACCCGCCUUCACAGGCUGACGGAUGGACUACGUUACUAUAACCCACCUUCACAGGCUGACGGAUGGACUACGUUACUAUAACCCGCCUUCACAGGCUGGAUGGACUACGUUACCAUAACCCGCCUUCACAGGCUGGUGGAUGGACUACGUUACUAUAACCCGCCUUCACAGGCUGACGGAUGGACUACGUUACCAUAACCCGCCUUCACAGGCUGGUGGAUGGACUACGUUACCAUAACCCGCCUUCACAGGCUGACGGAUGGACUACGUUACCAUAACCCGCCUUCACAGGCUGACGGAUGGACUACGUUACCAUAACCCGCCUUCACAGGCUGGUGGAUGGACUACGUUACCAUAACCCGCCUUCACAGGCUGGUGGAUGGACUACGUUACUAUAACCCGCCUUCACAGGCUGACGGAUGGACUACGUUACCAUAACCCACCUUCACAGGCUGGUGGAUGGACUACGUUACCAUAACCCACCUUCACAGGCUGGUGGAUGGACUACGUUACCAUAACCCACCUUCACAGGCUGACGGAUGGACUACGUUACCAUAACCCACCUUCACAGGCUGACGGAUGGACUACGUUACCAUAACCCACCUUCACAGGCUGGUGGAUGGACUACGUUACCAUAACCCACCUUCACAGGCUGACGGAUGGACUAACCAAACAAGACACAAGGGACAAACAGGGAAUCAAAUCCCCCAAAGAUUCCUCUUCUUCUCCUCCUUCCCCUCUUCCUCCCUUGUUCCUCCUCCUCUCAAAGGAAGUUCUGUGAUGUUUCUUAUCGUUUAUAAUCCAAAUGCAUCCUGGGAAUUUGUACAGUCCACAAGUGUGAUAUUUAUUUAUCUUUGUACAUAGCUCCGCCCCCAACCCAUAGCUCCGCCCCCAACCCAUAGUCGCUGAAGUACAUUUAUUAUGGAAUGAUACCAAUCUUAAAUAUUAUUUUAUAUUUAUCAAAAAUAAUAUAUAUAUAUAUAUUUUUUUUAAAUAUGAAAGUGUUAUUAUUGCUGGUCAUUUGUUUGUCUUUGUCUCUUUCUUUCCUCCCCCAUGGCACCUUAACGCCUAUACACUUAGACAAAACAUUAGGAACAAUAUAGUGUUGAAAGCGUUCCACAGUGUUGCAGUUCUUGACACAAACCGGUGCGUCUGGCACCGUACACCAUUCAAAAGGCACUUACAUAGUCAUACCCCUUCACUGAUUUCACAUUUUGUUAUGUUACAGCCUGAACUCAAUGUAUUAAAUAUAAAACAUUUCUCACCCAUCUACACACAAUACCCCAUAAUGACAUCACAAUACCCCAUAAUGACAUCACAAUACCCCAUAAUGACAAAGCUAAAAAAAUAUAUGUUUUUAGAAUUGUUAUCAAAUUGAAUAAAUAUGAAAUACAGAAAUAUCUCAUUUACAUAAGUAUUCACACCCCCGAGUUAAUACAUGUUAGAAUCACCUUUGGGGGCGAUUACAUCUGUGAGUCUUUCUGGGUAAAUCUCCCAAGAGCUUUCCACACCUGGAUUGUGCAACAUUUGCCCAUUUAAUCUUUUCAAAUUGGUUGUUGAUCAUUGCUAGACAACCAUUUUCAGGUCUUGCCAUACAUUUUCAAGUAGAUUUAAGUCAAAACAGUAUCUUGGCUUCUCAGGAACAUUCACUGUCUUCUCGGCAAAGCAACUCCAGUGCAGAUUUGACCUUGUGUUUUAGGUUAUUGUCCUGCUGAAAGGUAAAUUCAUCUCCCUGUAUCUGGUGGAAAGCAGACUGAACCAGGAUUCCUGUAGGAUUUCACCUGUACUUAGCUCCAUUUAAUUUAUUUAUUUUUUAUCCUGAAAAACUUACCAGUCCUUAACGAUGACAAGCAUACCCAUAACAUGAUGCUGUGGUACUCAGUAAUGUGUUGUAUUGGAUUUGUCCCAAACACAACACUUUGUAUUCAAGAUAAAAAGUGAAUUGUUUUGUCACAUUUUUUGCAGUAUUACUUUAGUGCCUUGUUGCAAACAGGAUGUACGUUCUGGAAUAUUUUUUAUUCUGUACAGGCUUCCUCCUUUUCACUCUGUCAAUUAUGUUCGUAUUGUGGAGUAAUUACAAUGUUGUUGAUCCAUCCUGAGUUUUCUCCUGUCACAGCCAUUAAACUCUGUAACUGUUUUAAAGCCUCAUGGUGUAAUUAAUAACUUUACUUCGCUCAAAGGGAUAGUCAAUGUCUGCUAUAUAUAUUUUUACCAAUCUACCAAUAGGGGCCCUUCUUUCUGAGGCAUUGGAAAACCUCCCUGGUCUUUGUGGUUGAACCUGUGUUUGAAAUUCACUGCUCGACCUUACAGAUAAUUGAAUGUGUUGGGUACAGAGAUAAGGUAGUCAUUAAAAAAUAAUGUUAAACACUAUUAUUGCACACAGAGUGAGUCCAUGCAACUUAUCAUGUGACUUGUUAAGCACAUUUAGGCUCCUUACCAUAACAAAUCGGUUGAAUAAUUAUUGACUCAAGACAUUUCAGCUCUUCAUUUUUAAAAACAUGAUCACUUUCACAUUAUGGGGUAUUGUGUGUAGGCCAGUGAUGACAAUCUAAAUUUAAUAUUUAUUUAUUUUUAAAAUUCAGGCUGUAACACAACGUGUGGGAUAAGUCCAGCAGAAGGAAGACUUUCUGAAAGCACUGUAAAUAUUUAGUCUUGUAUUUUGUCACUUUGAAUGGCAAACACAAACACAAUUCAAUGUCUUUUUAAUCGUCUUGAAGCUUAACAAUCCUUAUUGAACCCUUGUCUCUUCCCCUUCAUCGACACUGAUUUUAAAGGGGAUUUAACAAGUGACAUCACUAAGGGACCUUUUCACCUGGGUCAUGGGG